CUUGGCUGAAGAGGAAAUAAAGGCAGAGCAGGAGGUGGUGGAGGGGAUGGAUAUCUCCACUCGAUCCAAAGAUCCUGGCUCUGCCGAACGCACAGCACAAAAAAGGAAAUUUCCCAGCCCUCCACAUUCCUCUAAUGGUCACUCACCACAAGAUGCAUCAACAAGUCCUAUAAAAAAGAAAAAGAAACCUGGUCUAUUGAACAGUAAUAAUAAAGAGCAGUCAGAACUAAGACAUGGUCCGUUUUACUAUAUGAAGCAGCCACUCACCACAGACCCUGUUGAUGUUGUACCACAGGAUGGACGGAAUGAUUUCUAUUGCUGGGUUUGUCAUCGGGAAGGCCAAGUCCUCUGCUGUGAACUCUGUCCUCGGGUUUAUCAUGCUAAGUGUCUGAAACUGACAGCGGAACCAGAGGGGGAUUGGUUUUGCCCAGAAUGUGAGAAAAUCACAGUUGCAGAAUGCAUAGAAACACAGAGUAAAGCUAUGACAAUGCUCACCAUUGAACAGCUAUCAUAUUUACUGAAGUUUGCACUACAGAAGAUGAAACAGCCAGGGACAGAGCCAUUUCAAAAGCCAGUUUCACUGGAUCAGCACCCAGAUUAUGCGGAAUAUAUCUUUCAUCCGAUGGACCUUUGUACGUUAGAGAAGAAUGUUAAGAAGAAAAUGUACGGUUGCACUGAAGCAUUUUUGGCUGAUGCCAAAUGGAUUUUGCACAACUGCAUUAUUUACAAUGGGGGAAAUCACAAAUUGACACAAACAGCAAAAGUCAUCAUCAAAAUCUGUGAGCACGAGAUGAAUGAAAUUGAAGUAUGUCCGGAAUGUUAUUUAGCUGCUUGCCAAAAACGAGAGAAUUGGUUUUGUGAGCCUUGUAGCAAUCCCCACCCUUUGGUCUGGGCUAAACUCAAAGGCUUUCCAUUCUGGCCUGCUAAAGCACUGAGGGAUAAAGAUGGGCAAGUCGAUGCCCGUUUCUUUGGCCAACACGACAGGGCCUGGGUUCCAAUAAAUAAUUGCUACCUCAUGUCUAAAGAAAUUCCUUUUUCUGUGAAAAAGACUAAAAGCAUCUUCAAUAGUGCAAUGCAAGAAAUGGAAGUUUAUGUUGAUAACAUUCGUAGAAAAUUUGGAGUAUUUAAUUACGCACCUUUCCGGACGCCAUAUACUCCCAACAAUCAAUACCAAAUGUUAUUGGACCCUGCAAACCCAACUGCUGGAACUGCAAAGACAGACAAACAAGAGAAAAUCAAACUGAACUUUGAUAUGACGGCGUCGCCCAAGAUUCUCAUGAGCAAGUCUAUGCUGAGCAGUAGUACCGGCCGUAGGAUUUCACUGACAGACAUGCCACGGUCACCAAUGAGUACAAACUCAUCAGUUCACACUGGGUCUGAUGUUGAACAGGACGCAGAGAAAAAAGCAACUUCCAGUCAUUUUAGUGCCAGUGAAGAAUCCAUGGACUUUAUAGAGAAAAAUACAGCUUCUCCAGCACCAACAAGAACGGGUCAAGCAGGGAGCUUGUCAGGCAGCCCCAAACCUUUCUCUCCUCAAGCAUCAACGCCAAUUUCUGCUAAGCAAGAAAGAACUUCCACUCCAGGCAGCAUUCUGAAUCUUAAUCUUGAUCGCAGCAAAGCCGAGAUGGAUCUGAAAGAGCUGAGUGAGUCAGUCCAGCAGCAGACCACUCCUGUGCAACUCAUCUCACCAAAACGACAGAUACGUAGUAGGUUCCAGCUUAACCUUGACAAGACAAUAGAGAGUUGUAAAGCACAACUUGGAAUAAAUGAAAUAUCUGAAGCUGUUUAUACUGCAGUAGAACACAGUGACUCUGAAGAUUCUGAAAAAUCUGACACCAGCGACAGUGAAUAUAGCGAUGAGGAUCAGAAAUCAAAGAAUGAUCAAGAAGAUGGAGAGGACAAGGAAGGUGCAAGGAGUGACAAAGAAUCACUGAGCUUGAAAAAAAAACCUAAGCCCCCAGCACAGAAUGAAGACAAGGAGGAACUCAAAAGCCCAAGUCCGGAAGCAGAGAAAACAGAUGACCUGGUCAAAGAAAAGGCAAUUUCAGACACAGAAAAAGAAUUUUCUGAAAAGGGAAAAAGUGGACAGCAUACUGCAAAAGAAAAACUGAAAGGUAAAGAUGAAACAGACUCUCCAACUGUGCAUCUAGGACUGGACUCUGAUUCUGAGAGUGAACUCGUCAUCGAUCUAGGAGACGAUCACUGCAGCCGUGAAGGAAGGAAAACCAAGAAAGAAUCUAAAGAACUUCCUCCUAAGCAAGAUGUUGUAGGUAAAACUCCACCUUCCUCCAGUGCAAGCGCCCAGCCUCUACCAGAAACUCCGGUACUUACCCGCUCUGCUUCCCAGACUCCUCCAGCUGGUGUGACAGCAACUACUAGUGCUUCUUCGACUGUCAGUGCUCCAUCUGCAGCCACUGGAAGCCCUGUGAAGAAGCAGAGGCCUCUGCUGCCGAAGGAAACCGCCCCUGCCGUGCAGCGUGUGGUGUGGAACUCUUCAAACAAAUUUCAGACGUCUUCUCAGAAAUGGCACAUGCAGAAGGUGCAGAGACAGCAGCAACAGCAGCAGAGCCAGCAGUCUCAGUCUCAGCAGCCUCAGUCCUCUCAAGGGACAAGAUACCAGACCAGACAAGCAGUUAAAGGUAUACACUUUCCAUCACAGGUUUGGAAGAGUGAACUGAAUUCUUUUCUGGAUGGUGAUUACCGCUAUCACCGUGGUAUCUACAGACUGGAUCCAGUUUUUUCUGACAAGAAGCUGAUCU